UGCAUGUUGAGUAAUUGAGUAGUUUAGAGAACUGCUGCACAUCAAGAGUCGUAUACGUAUCUAACGACGCAACAGCAAUGUCUUCGCAAAAAGUUUUAGCUUCUUUUAAGAAUCCCAUCUAUGAUAGGACAGAUGAAGAGCCCGACGAAAGCAAAUAUGCUACAGUUAGAUCGUUCGGCAAUGACGACGAUAGUUGUUAUCGAGGAAAGUAUGUUGUCAAUCCUGUGAAGCGAACGGCCAUGGAAACGUGCGCGCCAUACCUAGCUCUUGUGGCUCUUUGCGUCGCCAUCGUUGCUUGUGUUAUUGCUGGACUGACUGCUGCUGAUCUGCUUGGAAAGAAAGCGGAUUCUACUACGACAGCUACGACAGGUGAGCUGACUCAAAAUGGUGAUCGUGUACCUGGCAAUGUGUGUUCGAGUUGUCAAGUAAACAUUUCAGGGUUGGAGAAGAUCAUUUGCGAACUGCAGUGCCUGAUUGACGAAUUGUAUGCAAACGAAAGUAUUCAAAGCAAUUUCACUCGCCUAGAUACGACAGUCGAACGCUUGAGAAGUCUUCCAUCAGGCUGCACUCCAGUUUGCGUAGAAACCCAACCACCACAAGGUCUACUCAGUCAACAACAGCUAACCGACGCUGUCGAGAAACUUUCAUGCCAAGUAUUAUUCGAAAGUCUUCUCGGUCAGCCGUGUUCCUCUAGAACCAUAUCUGGCGACCUCACCAUCAAUGUUCUGAGAGAUGAAGCACAAGUAGAAGGAGUCGAAACAGUGUUGGGAAGCGUUACGGUAGCUAACACUUAUCUAUCAGACUUAGUUCAUUUGGGCAACCUACUGUCCGUGAACGGCGAUCUCAACAUUCAAAACAAUGUUAACCUUUCAUCGCUGUCUGGCUUACAGUCUCUACGGUUUGUCGGUGGAAAUUUGAAUAUCUGGCUUAAUGACAACCUGACAAACAUAGACGCACUUUCUUCGCUUAGAAAUGUUCGUGGAAAUGUGUACGUUUACUCAAAUCCGCAACUCGCGUCACUCCGUGGCCUUCGCCAACUCACCAGUGUGGGUGGUACGCUUCAUGUUAGAAAGAACGAUAUGCUCCAAGAUCUGGACGGUCUGCAAGCUGUUACGUAUGUUAGGGACAACGUUAACAUUCACGACAAUAAUAACAUUCGUAGCGUUGACGCUUUAUCUAACUGCCGCUCUGUUGGAUCUAAUGUUUAUUUUUAUCGCAACGAAAGGCUAGAAAACAUCAGUGGACUGAGAUCUCUGGAGACGAUCGGAGGGUUCUUAUAUCUUGUUGCUAACACGCGCCUUCGUGAAGCCAGACUGCCUACAUUAACGAGAGUUGGAGAUUAUAUCAGCGUGACCAACAAUCUGCUAUUGGAGGUCGUUCGUUUGGAUUCUCUGGAAACUGUGAAACAAGCAGUUACGUUUUACAACAACAGAAAACUCUCUCGACUUCGCAUGCACAGUGUGCAACACAUCGGAGGCUCUUUGUAUGUCUAUAACAAUGAUCUUCUCGACGAUCUAGACCUCAGCUCGUUGCUGACGGUCGGUGGAUAUCUGAAUAUCAAUAAUAAUAAUGAGCUGACAUCACUCAACUUAACAUCCGUGUGGAAUGUUACCGAUUACGUGCUUGUUUACGAGAACAGAAAGCUUGCCUACUUCAGCAUGCCAAAUCUGGUCAACAUCGGCAUGUACUUUUACAUGUACAAUAGUGACAAUCUCCGACAUUUGGAUCUGUCUUCACUCGCGAGCGUUAACGGUUAUCUCCACGUGUACCACAAUGAUCGGCUUGAGGUUUUGGACCUUUCUUCCGUUGUGUACGUGUUGGACUAUGUUCGGAUCUACGAGAACCGCAUGCUCUCAAAAGUUUCUUUUCAUUCUCUUCGAUCAGUCGACGGUUACUUUCAGAUUUACAACAGUGACGGUCUUGUCGAUCUCGAUCUGUCUUCUCUGACGAUGGUCACACAAUUCUUUAACUUGAACGACAACGACCAACUGACGCACUUAACCUUAAGCAGCUUGACAUCUGUGGGCGGAUAUUUUUUGGUUUCUAACAGUCGACAACUAGCGACACUGGACGCUCCUUAUCUUUCAACCGUAAAUGGCUACUAUUAUCUUUACAACUGUGAUGAAUUGCAACAUCUCGACCUACACCGUCUGCAAAGUGUCAAUGGGUACCUAAGACUCAAUGACAACGACCGAUUGCGAUAUUUGAAUUUGACUAGCCUCACGGCAGUGUCGGACUUCGUACAAAUAAGCAACAGUAAACAACUUGCAACACUAGUAGCGCCCAAUCUUGCUACAGUGGGAGAUCACUUUUACCUCUACAAUAGCAAAUUGCGAGAACUCGAUGUUGGUCUUCUACGUCUGGUCGAGGGAUUCUUCAAUUUGAACAACAACGAUCGACUUGUGCACAUAAAUCUAACAAGUUUGAGCAACGUCACCGACUAUUUUCAAGUCUAUAACUCGCCGUUGUUGGAAACUCUAGAAGUUCCCAAUCUACGUGCUGUAAAUGGAAAUUUUAUGGUUUACAACUGUGACUUUCUAACCAUUCUGAACUUACAUCAGUUGAUGUCUGUUAAUGGUUUCUUCCAGAUCAAUAAUAACGACCGUCUUGCGGCGCUUGAUCUUUCUUCUCUAGCACAUGUAGCUAAAGACUUUAAUUUGAAUAACAAUCAGAGACUCGAGGCUCUUGAUAUUCCUCGACUAACGGCCGUUACUGGAUUCUUCUACGUUUAUAACAGUGAUAGAAUAAAGACGCUCGAUCUAUCUAAUCUUCAAACGGUCGGUUCUUAUUUUUACAUCAAUCAUCUGGAUCGUGUAUUCACUGUAGAUAUAUCGGAUCUUCGAUCGGUCAACGGAAACUUCAUAAUUAAUCGCAACUCUAGACUGCCUGCUCUCACUCUUCCUUCACUGACGUCUGUAUCUGGUUGCGUACAAAUAGAUGACAACAACUUGCUAACAUCCAUGUCUUUCCCUCGUCUAGUCGAGAUUGGAGAUUGCCUGAAAAUCUAUCAUAAUGAUAUACUCGAGACAGUAGACGGAUUUAGUGCCGUUAGCCGAGUAGAGCAUUAUGUUGAACUACGUGACAACUAUCAACUGAAGCACGUCGAUGGCUUUUCCAACUUAACGUUCAUUGGUGAUUACCUAUGGAUCUAUAACAAUGACCAGCUAUCUGACAUUACUGGGUUUGCGUCUCUUCUAUCUGUCGGCUACGAACUGGAAAUCUUCGGCAACGCACGGUUAGCAAACUUGCACGGUUUCAACAGUCUAGUGAACAUCAGCGACGGAUUGCGCAUCUACGAGAAUCCUGUUCUCAAAAAUCUGAACGGAUUUCGAGCUCUUCGUAACAUCGGUAGCUACGUGGAUAUUUACAAGAACGAAAUGCUGGAUGACAUCAAUGGUUUGAGUAAUGUAACAACGAUUGGAUCAUUUGUUCGUAUCUAUAGCAACGACCUGCUUUGUUCACUGCUACCGAAUCUAAAUGCUACGGUUUCCAAAACUCCAAAUUUAUCACGUUUCGAUCAAGGCUCUAGAUGUUCAUAAUUGGAAUAGAGAAAUGUCGUCAGGACUUAAAAACACUACGGCGUUGCAUUUAUUUUUUUGCUAUAAAGGUGUAGGUUACAUGCGCGUGAUAUUUUCUGAUCUUUUUUUUUACUGUUAUCAUGUCUAUGCAAUUUGCUUGUUGUGGUUUCCUUAAAAAUUGUGUAAUGCCUGAUGAAACUCUCCUCUUCAAGAGUGUA